GAACAUGUCCGGCAGCUGUCUUACAGCAAACGACUGCUCGUGGAUGACUACACAUCUACAGCUUCCAGCGGCAAUCGGCGCGUUGGUGCACUGAAACAAAACAAAAGAUUGCUCCGGUUCGGGUUGAAUGCCAAAAGACAACGGGAUGUGCCGACACAUGUGGGGGCAGUAGUUGUGGCAGUCACAGCAGGUGACUUUCACACGUGUGCAGUGAGAUCAGAUGGUCAAUUGGUCUGCUUUGGGCGUAACGGCCACGGACAAUGCGAUGUGCCGACGGAUUUGGGAGCAGUUGUGGCAGUCUCAGCAGGUGAAGAUCACACGUGUGCAGUGAGAUCAAAUGGUCAGUUGAUCUGCUUUGGAUGGAGCGCCGACGGACAAUGCGAUGUGCCGACGGAUUUGGGCGCAGUACUGGCAGUCUCAGCAGACGACUAUCACACCUGUGCAGUGAGAUCAGAUGGUCAGUUGGUCUGCUUUGGAUUGAACGCCUCCGGGCAAUGCGAUGUGCCGACGGAGUUGGGCGCAGUUCUGGCAGUCUCAGCAGGCAUAAGUCACACCUGUGCAGUGAGAUCAGAUGGUCAGUUGGUCUGCUUUGGAGUUAACAGCUACGGACUAUGCGAUGUGCCGACGGAUUUGGGAGCAGUUGUGGCAGUCUCAGCAGGCAGGCGGCACACCUGUGCAGUGAGAUCAGAUGGUCAGUUGGUCUGCUUUGGAGACAACACCCACGGACAAUGCGAUGUGCCGACGGGCCUUUGA